UGUAAACUCCGCUGCGAUUACGAAUCGGGUCACGUGACAAGACCCCGGCCAAUCAGAAUGACGCACGCACUUCCGACUCUCCCGUGCAGUCCUGUAACUUGGACGCAGAAGUAUUCACAGGAACAGCUCUCAUCUUUGUGUGAUUAAGAUGCAUGUCGACAAAUACGUCAUCACUGGAGGCGGAGGAUAUUUUGGCUUCCGUCUUGCCUGCGCUCUCAGCAAGAAAUCCUGCCGAGUCGUCCUGUUUGAUGUCAGGCCUCCUAGUGAAGCAUUGCCCAAGGGUGUGGAGUUCAUCCAGGGUGACAUUCGGGAUCUCUCACAGGUGGUAAAUGCGUUGCGUGAUGCAGACUGCGUUUUCCACAUCGCAUCGUACGGCAUGUCCGGGAGAGAGCAACUCAACAGGAAGCUGAUCGAAGAGGUAAAUGUUCAGGGGACGGAAAACAUCAUUCAGGCGUGUGUGGAUCUCCGGGUUCCUCGAUUGGUGUAUACCAGCACCUUCAACGUGGUCUUCGGAGGUCAGGUCAUAAAGAAGGGUGACGAAACUCUUCCUUAUUUGCCUUUACACCUCCAUCCGGACCACUACUCCAGGACCAAGUCGGUAGCAGAAACACGGGUGCUAAAAGCUAAUGGAUCGCCUCUAGCGGGUGAAGGUGGCGUCUUGCGAACUUGCGCUCUCCGUCCAGCUGGGAUUUACGGUCCGGGAGAGGAAAGACAUCUUCCAAGGAUUGUGGGAUACAUCGAGAAGGGCUUCUUUCGGUUUGUAUAUGGGGAUCCUGAGAGUUUGGUGGAGUUUGUCCAUGUUGAAAACCUAGUCUCUGCGCACGAGUUGGCUGCAGAAGCGUUAACGGAUAGACGACAGCACCGUGCUGCCGGUCAGGCUUAUUUCAUCUCAGACGGCCGGCCCAUCAACAACUUUGAGUUCUUCCGGCCGUUAGUGGAAGGUCUGGGCUACUCUUUCCCCAAACUGCGGCUUCCGGUUUCUCUCAUUUACAUUUUCGCGUUCCUGACAGAGAUGGUUCACAGCGUGGUCAGCCACGUCUACAACUUCCAACCUCUUCUGACACGUGCUGAAGUUUACAAGACUGGAGUCACACACUAUUUCAGUAUAGAGAAAGCCAGAACAGAGCUCGGUUACAGCCCCAAGGAGUACGACCUGGGAGAAGUGGUGGAGUGGUUCAGGAGCAGAGGGCACGGGAAAAAGCGAGUCACUUCACCCGUUAAAAAACUGAUCCUCGAUGUGGUGUUGGUUCUGAUCAUCGUGGCUUUGGUUCUCUCUUUCCUGCCAGUCGUGGGUCAAUAAAGUGCCAGAGAAAAUAGCUUGCAGUAUUUACGGGUUAAUUUGUCUGUGAUUUUCCUGAUUUGAACAGUUUCUUGAAAGACUAAACAGGAACGUUUUUAGAACGUUUCAGAAACCAAAAACGAACAUUCCUACAACGUUCUGUGAACCAAAUGUUAGCUGACACACACUGAUUUAUUUCUAUGGCUUAAUGUUUUCUAUAGCUUGUUUUGAAACAAGUCAUGUGACAAGAAUUUGAUCAAUCAGAACAAAGCAGCCCGUAGGUACGACUCUACAGUAUCCAGGGUAGAAAUCCUUACAGUAUCCACACUGGAUCAACCGUUAUGGGCAUAUUUUGUGUGGUUGUGUGAUUCACUACUUAGAAUUUUGUUUUAUUUCUAUUAAAAAACUUUGUAAUUAACUUACCUGAAGUGACCUGAUUGACUCAUAUUAGACUGUGUCAAUAAUAAGAGAAGAUAAGACUUUAUUGAUCCCACAAUGGGGAAAUUCUCAUGUGAGAGCAGCUCAAUGAUACAGAACAGAGGUCAAAGAAGAUUGAACAAAAUAAAGUGUCCAAAAAUAAUUGUA